GCUAAGAAAUUAUGUUGUGCCUACUGGCUCCCAUUAAAUUUUACAGGUUGGAUCCAGUGCAACAUUUUCACUUGUGCUAGAGCUCUUGAGCAAGUGGAAACCCAAGAAAAAAGUCCACAUAUUUGCUGGUGCUGAGGCAAAUAUCUGUCUAUCUGUUCAGUAGAAUGGCAUUGGGCCAUCCUGUUGACAGAGGAAGGCUUAAUUUUUUCCCCAUUUACUUGAUUUCUAAUGCAAGCCGCCCCCCUGUUCUUAUGGGGGGAAAUGAGUAGGCACUGUAUACCUAUAUGUUUUCCUUUUCAGGAAAAAUAACAGUGUGUGUAUGUUGCAUUAAGAAAAUGUGUGCUUGGGUGGGGCGGGGGGGGAAUGGGUUGUUUUUGCCCUUGACUGUGUCUUUAAACAAAAGUGUUUUUUUUUUACUUUGGGGUUUUUCCUUUUUUUUUUUUUUUUUUGCUUAACCGCUUAUUGUGAGCAUCUUGGCAGUUUUGACAAUUCUGACCAAAGCCAAAAUCUAAUCCUUGCCAUUUUGGGCAACAUUUUAAAGGGAAAAAAAUCAGUACAAAUUGUGGGGCAUGUGCGACUGCUAAUCUCUUUAGUAAUAAAGCUAUGAUGCAUAAGCAUCUUGUUAAAAACCAACGUGGCUCAGUACGGCUCUUUGUUGAGUUAACGAGCCUUUGCCUUUCAUAGGCUGGGAAUGUAAACCCCUUUGCUCUUAUGUCUAAAUCCUGCUGGGAACCUUUCAAUGCGGAAGGGCUUCUCCAGGUUUGCAAGGGAAGGAAUUUGUCUGAAAAAGCUUGCUGUGUUCUUUGAAUGGCCUUUUUGCGAGCUGCAUCUGCAGGGGCAUUCCCUACUUUCCUUUCCCUGCCAUGUUUCUGAAUGAUUCUGCUAACUCUUCAGAAAGAGAACACGGACCUCAUUCAGCUUUUACCCAGGCUGAGCACAACAUAGUCGCGGCUUAUUUGAUUGCAGCAGGAAUCAUAAGCCUUCUCAGUAACAUCGUUGUACUGGGCAUCUUUGUUAAGUACAGGGAACUUCGAACAGCAACCAAUGCCAUUAUUAUCAACCUGGCUUUUACUGACAUUGGAGUGAGUGGCAUUGGGUAUCCCAUGUCAGCAGCUUCAGAUCUGCAUGGGAGCUGGAAAUUUGGCUAUGCAGGCUGCCAGAUCUAUGCUGCUUUAAACAUCUUUUUUGGAAUGGCAAGUAUCGGUUUGCUUACUGUGGUAGCAAUUGAUCGCUACCUGACAAUCUGCAAGCCUUGUAUAGGUAGAAGACUCACUGCUCGCAGCUACACAGCCAUGAUUCUUGCUGCCUGGAUUAAUGCAGUCUUUUGGGCCUCCAUGCCUGCGGUGGGUUGGGCGAGCUAUGCCCCAGAUCCAACUGGAGCCACCUGUACUGUAAAUUGGAGAAAGAAUGACACAUCCUUUGUUUCCUACACCAUGUCUGUAAUUGCUGUUAAUUUUGUCAUCCCGUUGUCAGUCAUGUUUUACUGUUACUACAAUGUUUCAAAAACCAUGAAGCAGUACCCUGGACACAAUGGACUAGAAAGCCUCGACAUAGACUGGUCUGACCAAGCUGAUGUAACCAAGAUGUCUGUUGUUAUGAUUUUAAUGUUUCUGCUGGCUUGGUCUCCAUAUUCUAUUGUAUGUUUAUGGUCAUCUUUUGGAGACCCAAAGAAAAUUUCCCCAGCCAUGGCAAUCAUAGCACCACUCUUUGCCAAGUCAUCUACAUUCUAUAAUCCCUGUAUCUAUGUCAUUGCAAACAAAAAGUUUCGAAGGGCCAUCCUUGCUAUGGUUCGAUGUCAGACUCAACAAGAGACAACUAUCAACAACUCUUUGCCAAUGAGCGUGUCUCAAAGCACGAUUGCUUAA